AUGUCUGUCUUAAUACCCAUGGUGCCCAGAGCCAGUACCUGGAGUGUGAAAUCUCGUGAUUUCAUAGACGCAGGCCUCUUCACCCAUCAAAAAUUGAGCACAACUGUCAUCAACAAAAUCACGCUUAGCAAUACCAGCGAAGAGAUCCAAAAUGAAAAUGCGUGUAUCUUAGAUCUCGAGGAAUACUUGAACCAAGUUCAAGUUAUUGGCACGGCUCCACAUGAUAUCCCAUCUUACCCUCUAAAGGUGGACAAAGGGGAGCCGAGAAAAUUUAUUUCUAUACGAGGUCGUCCGAGCCUUUGUUUGAUGCAAAGAAUCGGAGAUGAGACAAAAAUUGAGCCAGAGGUGCUUCUAGAGCCCCUAGAUUGGCCUGGAGUCUUCCGAGUUCGUGCUCUUCCUUCUGAUCGCAAAAAGUCUAUUACAGUCCGCUUUAUAUCGCUCGGUUGCUACGCAAGAGAUCGGACAGAUUCGAUUUCAGAGAGUUACAGUCGACGGCAAGCUCUCGUCGACAGCACCGUUAAGGAAAUAUCGCGAAAAAGAUUGCAAGAAGAUAAAGCUGGCAUCGAGGUUUGCCGCAAAGUUCAUCUCCAUGGCCGGAACUUCUUCAGUGUUGAGCAAUAUGCAACUUUCAUACCUUAUAAUAUAAACAUCACCGACCGAUCUUGGUCUGCUAUACUCAUUAAUGACAGCGGAAAUCCGGACAAGGACUCAGGGUAUGUCAACGAUGGUUCUAGAUCACCACUACCUCAGUUUUAUCCCAUCACAAAGUUCGGUUCCUGCGCAUUAGAAGGCCAAGGCAUAUUGCGGAAAGCCGUACGAGCAGAGAGCGAUUCUCGCAACUACUCGACGCCAGAUCCAUGCCGGUCUCGAGCUGACUGUGGUGUCACUAUGAGCCCUGAAGAUAAGAAGUUCGCCCAAGAAAGUCCGAUUUUUAUUGUUUACGAUUUAUUAGUCACUUCUGCUAUAUGUUGGAUCAGAUUCUUCAGUUUUCUCGAGACAUUUGGCAAGGAAAUUCCCGGAGAUGAGGAAGAGAUCGCAACUACUUUGCGCAGGGCCAAACAGAUCUCUGAUGACGCACGCCUAUAUUUCGAUGAUGUAGUCGGCUUUUUGGAAUCACGACAGGAUCUAGGAUGGCCUGAAUGCAGCUCUACGGAGCGUGCUGAUCACAUUGCCAAGACUCUAAUAACCGACUUCGAACAUCUACGGGAUCUUGCGAACCAGUUCUCACGUACAGCUGGGGAUUCUAUCACCAUCGAAAUGAGUCGUAUCAGCAUUUCAGAAUCAAAGAGAGCCCUUGAGCAGGCUCAACGUAUCGAAAAGCUUACCUUCUUAGCCUAUACAUUCAUUCCGAUGGCUUUUGUAUCCUCUGUAUUUGUAUGUUCAAAGGUUUAUGUUUCGAAUGUUUCGAAUGUUUCGAAUGUUUCGAAGGCACGAUUCUUUGAAAGUUUCAUCUGCUUAAGGCAUGAUGUGGUUCAUUUUAUUCUCACAAUCACCUGA